CAGUCAGAAGAGAACGUUGAACGAAAAAGCAUGAAAAGGCAUAUGUGGACACAUAUCGGUGAGAAGCCGUAUGGCUAUCCCACAUGCAACAGAAACUUCUCUCAUUUAUCGAUUAUAAAAAACCAUAUGAGGACUCAUACCAGUGAAAAGCCGUACAGUUGUCCAAUGUGCAAUAAAAGUUUCAGACAAAGACGUCAUUUGCAAUGUCCACGGUAUUUCAUGAUGACAGGAAUAGGCCAAUCUUCAACUGUAAUAUAUCCGCUAAAG